CUUGUUAUUGUUCAUGGCGUUUUAUGACUUGUCCCUUUAUAUUACCGAUUAUGUCGAGUUUUUUCGUGAUUCCUACCGCGCGCUGUGUGCAGAAAGUGAAGUAAGACUUGCGCGGCAUAUUUUAGAUUAAAAUUAGUGCUCCUGUGGUGUGGCUGCGUGCAUUUUGGACGCGAGAAAUCCCGCACGAAGUUGGAAAGAAAUGGGAAGUUGUGCCCCCGUCUUAUGGCCCAAAAGAUUUUAAUUGCAGUUCGCGAGUGAAACAUUAAGCAUAUUAAUUAGUGCUGGAGUGGUUUGGAGCUGUUGGUUUAGAACCGACGGGCAAACAUCCUAUCGCUACAUACUAUAGUGAUACCCUGAGGCGUUCGUAAGCUCUCUGGGUAGUUAUGUGAUUUGUAGUUGUCAUGGCGGCUGAUAGCGAUGGUGAUCUGAUUGAGACGGUGGUAACGUGUGUGGGUGACCUAGAAGAUCCUGAGUUUCCACACAAAUUUAAAAUUAUUAUCGAUCGUCUGAAAUCUUUGCUUUGCAAAGAUAAAGGGGAUGGUUUAAGAAUAAAUAAAGUAGAGCCAUGGAAUUCUGUCAGAGUCACAUUUUCAAUACCCAGAGAAGCUGCACUACGUCUUAGAGAAUUAGCAGCUCAGGGUUCUCCGACACUUACACAGCUUGGGAUUCUUUCGGUGCAGGUUGAAGGAGAUCAGGUAAUAUCAUUGAGGAUAGCCAACCGCUUUAGUGGAGAGACACAAGAAAUUGUGUUACAUUCAGGACCCUCGCAAGACAGUGGUGCCAAAUCUCAAAAUGAAUCCACUAGCAAUACAGCUAAUGUUGACAGUGAUCCUCAGACAGCUUUACCUGGUCCAAGUAAUACAUCUAGUAUUUCAUCUGCAUUACGUAACGUGGCUCAAAUAAUAGCAGCUGGUACAUCGUCAGAAAAAGCUCCACAGUUCCGUUCUCCAAACGUAGUUGCACCUACGGACUGUGAUCCCAUCCCAUCGUUUCUUGCAAAAUCUGUACAGUCAACAUCAGGCAAUAGCAACGUUGGUGCCUCUGGAAAUCAACAAACAGUAACUAAUUCCAGUGCUUCGUCCAGGAAUACUUAUAAUGGUCCAUUCCCAUUUGCCAGUAUGACUCAUGCUGCCCAAGCGAUACAUAGUCGCGAGUCACAAGCAACAACAAUUAAAAAUGCUAUGCAAUUCAAGCAUCAUGUACAGCCACCUCCGCCUUAUCCUGCUCAAGAGAAUUUGGCGACAGUAACAACAUUAACGACUGGUCAUACUACUACUCAAUCGGUCGUAUCGGUUGGUCAGCUGACGAAUCAGUACAAGUCUUCGAUUACCACUACAUCUAGUCUGUCACCAAACAAUAACAAUUUGACAGGGAAUUCAAAUGGUAAUGGAAAUCAAGUUGCUCUGUCCAGUCCACUUCUCGUAAAUCUUUUGCAAAACGAUGCUGGCGCGCAUCCGAAUAAUGUGAUACCUGGCCAGAAAAUGUUGCCACCAGCUGUAAUCGAUAGUUCCGGAAUCACCAGUCGUAUGAGACCUACUAAGAAACCAACGGUUAGAAGGAAAGAUUUAGCCUCGCCUAGCGAAUCGCCACCAAAUUUAGAUUCGCUUAGGACGGAAGACCUCAUCGGAGGAACGACAGUCAUUCCUGACCUAUCUCAAUCUUCUACGUCUGCAUUUGCAACUGUUAAUGUUAAUCAACCUUCAACUAUUCCUCAACAACUUCCCGUCAAUGUAAUUGGCGGAUCUGGACAAACUAUGGCACAACAAAUAGUGCAUCAAACCUCGACUAGCGGACAAAUGCAACAAUCUGCAUCCUCGUUGCAUGCUCAAGUACAAAUACAACAAAAAUAUCCCAUUAGACAAGAGUUGGCUUACAGGCCUUCGCAGGUGCAACUGCAAGGUCAACUUCCGAUCAGGCAUCCGGUGAAUGGACAACAAAUUCGUACACCUUUGCAGCAACGACAAUUGCUACUACAACAACAGCAUCAAGUUUUAACUCAGCAGCAACAGAAUAUAAAUACUUCGCAGCUGCUUACACAACAAACUUCGACGCAGCAACAACCCUCGGUACAGCAACAAACUGUAAAUACAUCGUUACAAUCCACAUCAGUUUCAAGUCAACCGCUUUUACAACAACAGCAAUUAAUGCAGCACUCAACGGUAAACAUUAAUGUUCCACAACAACGGCUAAGUUACUUAAACAAUCAACGGCAACAAACUCCUCCUCCCUAUUCGCGACAACCGGUUCCACAGCAGUCUCACUUAGGACAGCAGAAUCAAGCGCUGAACGUGCAACAACAAUUGCAUCAUAAUCAACUUAAAAACAUGAAUGUUAAUACCAGUACCACAACUGAUUUCCGAUACGGACAAAGUCAAAACAUUCUCAGUAGAAAUUAUCAAGCUGCACCUAGUAAUGCCAACGGGACCACGUGGAACGCACAAAGUACUACAAUUCCACAAGGUGCUCAGGUCAACACUGCUCGUCUGCCAACUACGAACCAGGUUUCAGGUGCCUUCACUCAAUGCGGAUCUCAACCCAAUCACGUUUCUGCCAAUAACGCCGCUUCACCUGUUACCAAGGUCGAACCAUCCGAAUCUCCUAAGCCCGAAGAAGAGACACCUGAACCAGAAUACACAUCAACUGGUAAAAUACGGCAGUUUCUCAUUAACCCUUUAACCGGACAUCUGGAACCAAUGCCUAGCGAAAGUUCGGAUUCAGAGCCAGAAAGUGCGGUGGAUAACCAAGACGAUUUCUUUUCCUUUCCAUCCCCAUCGAAUGAUCGAUCAAAUUCCAUAUUUUCCGACGACGACGCAGACAGUAAUUUCUCAAGAAGGAACGACACGACAACAAACACAGAUCAGUCGGAUUCAGAGACCACGGUGAAAUCUACUGCCAGCGAGGGAAGUUUAAAGCACAGUAGAAUAAAAUCUAGAGACACUACCCAAAGUCCGAUGCCUGGAGAAAAAAUCAAACUAAGACUAAAAUUGGAAAAAUCCGAACCCGUCACGCCAGCUUACAAAGUCGACGUUUCGUUCGUGAACACACCACCGAUUAGAAAAGCCGAUAAGUCAGUAAAUAAAAUGUUUACCGCUGGUAUUCCCAAUUCUGGGACCGGCGAUGAACCAAGAGUGCCUCCAUUACACAUUUCCUUAAGAGGACGUAAUGCUUCGGUAGUACAAAUCAGAAAAAAGGAAAAAAAAUCACUGAAAGACGGCGAAUCUGAUCCGACUAGUAUAAAAAGGCGGGGCAAAUUGAAGAAAAUGAAAGAGUGUAUCGAUGGGAACAAAUUAUUGCAAAAGAAGUCAUCGUUAAGCAUGAUUAUAGGUACCUCGUCUGCAUCCAAAUUACCUUUAUCGAAUUCUACGAUGAUCAACAGCACUAACACUAUUAGUAAAGUCAACAAUUUACUUCAAACCGUUGUAUCAAAACCUAAUGCCUUAAAACAAGAAUUACCAGUAGAUGUACGCGUUCAAGCUAGCAUUACGAAACCGAGUUCAAGUAAAAGCAACGAUGUCGAUGACAUACCGUUGAAUAGUAGAAUACCAUCACCUUCCAAACAUAAGAGUACUGUUUUGAAUCAGUCUUUGAAUACGCAACAAUCCUUGACAAAAAAUCAAGUGGAACUGGACGUCCAAAACCAUAUGCAAGAACAUAAAAUAGGCGGAGGUAAAACCAAAAGAAGAGACUCCAAAAAGAAAUCAGAAUCAGGAGAUGGUUUACAUCGUGAACAAAAUUUGUUAUCAGGUGGUAGAAUUUUGGAUAACCAAGCGAAAUGGAGGAAACUUAAUUAUAAGGGCGAUUCGAGCCAGUCGCUAAGAAAAACUGAUGUCCUUUUGGCUGGAAAUGAUUUUAAUGCGGUGAAGAAAGUGGGAGAAAUUAGGAGAACGAGCGAUAGCGAGAUCAAUAGAUCAGCGAUCGAGAAGAAUAAUACCUUGAAUGCCAUUGCUUCUAGAUUAACGGAAGUAAAUGGUGUAAAAAAGAAUCUACUCGGUCAAGAAAAAAGAAGAAGAUUAAGUUUAAUGGAUGAAAAAGAUCUGCACUUAGGAGAAUCUCAAGAUGCAGACGCUACACAUUUUAAUAGCCAGAAGACCGUCCCUGAAUGUUCUUCUGCUAAUACUGUUCCAAAUACUAAUACGAAACCUGCCAACAAACCAUCGUUUGAAAACGAGAACCCUGGAUUAAUACCUUCGAGUAUGCCCACUCAGAACGAUACGAAUUUGUCUACCAAUGUUGAAAGUAAAGUAUCUGUGCACGUAGAUACUGCGGUGAAAAGUGCACAGUCGUCUGUAAAUAGGAUUAUCUCUGGAAAAAAUAAGAUGGAAUCGGAUAAUUGUAAGACAAAUUCUAGCAUGGCAACAAAAAGUAAAAAUAUCGGUCAAAAAUUAAAAAACCAUAUGGUUUUAAAGAGUGAUACCCAUGCCGCGAUUAACAGGCAUAAUAAAAUAGAACAUUUUGGACACAAAAGAGUGAUUCAAAAUCAUAUGAAACAAGUCGAUAGAUCUGCAAUAGAGAACAAGGUGGAUAAUACGCAAAGGAUUAGCUUACUGAAAACCACGCAAGCUUCGGUAAUAGGAAACUCAGUGGACCAAGUUCCCAGAUCCCAAACCAUUGAUCUACCUUCCAGCAAACCAAUUCUACCAAUCGGGGAAAUCAAUGUGACGGAAGCGAAAGUAAAGCAGAAAUUGCUUGAAACUACCGUUCCAAUCGCAAUUGGAGUAGAUCCAAGCACAGAAAGAGUCAGCAGCGGGGGAGGCGGUGAAGAUUCAGGUAUCGAGUCGAUGGAUGCUCUUUCGGAGAAGUCACCGAAUCAAGGGGAGUCUCCUUUACAUAGGCCAGCGACCGAAUCAGUAACGCAAAGCAGCGCAAAGACUGCUGUCCAAGGGGAAUCCUCCCUAUCAACCACCAAUAAGAACGUGCCUUCCUCAACUAGUAGUAGUGAUAUGUGUUCAAAUUCCCAUUCGGAACUUCUAAAGUCCAGUGGUCCGCAAAGGUUAAGUCCUGUAUCCGUAGCAAGUUAUCUUGAGAAUCAUAUAAAUCGCAAUAUAUCAAACUCCAGUGAACACGAUACAAAAGACGUACCUAGUGAAAAAUCGACUUCAUCGACAUCGAGAACUGGUGGUCGUAGUGACUUGGUUGCUAGUUUAGAAGCAACCGAUAACGAUAAAAGUGUAUCCAGUCCUUUGGUGACGGGAUCGGUGACUAUUGUGACAACUUCUGUACCCAGUAAUGUGGAUAGUGAUAACUUAUUGCAAUGCGCGCAGCAACAAACAAAUGACUUUUCCGAAAAAGACAGUUGUAGCAUUAAAUUAGAAGGUUCUAUUAAUCAGCACGAUCAGGGUAAGACAAAUAUUAAACACGAUGUACCGCGAGCCGUCGAGAGUGCGUCCGAAGACAAUGUAAAAACAGUCAUAGAUGGUAACAGUGCAAUUAGAUUAAGUGACGAACCUCGAGGACAAAAUAGUAAUGGUGUGCCUGUAAUACAAAAUCAUGUUGCUUAUAGUAAUGUAAAGACAGAAAAACUUGAUAAUACGGUUACAAAUGAGGCUAGCACAGUGACAGACAAUUCGUGUUCCAAUAGUCAGAGUUUCGGUUCUGAAAUCAAAGUAGAAUCUAAAGUUAAUACAAAGGUUGACGAUACAAGGCAAAACGAUCGGUCGGAUACUUCGAAAAGCUCUAGCAUUUCUUUAAGCACAACAACCGUUAAGUUAGAACAAUGUUCCGAUCAAAACCAAAAAUCUAAUGUACAAAGUCAUCAACAAAUAUCAGUUAGAGAGCCUUCUAUGAAUCUUCAGAAAGUUACAGAUGAUUUGGUUAAGAAAAUUGUAAACGAUGCAAGUGAUAUAAGUAUAGGUAUUCAGUCACCCCUGGGUGAAGAUCCUCAGCCGAUUAGAAUUACCCCACCAUUGUAUACGUACUCUAAUUCGGUAGUUUUACAACGGGAUGAGACUCCAAGCCCAGCAGCACAAAAUCCAGAAGUAGAUUCUAGCGACGUGGAACAUGUUAAAAGGAAGCGUAGGAGAAAACAGGAAUUAGAGGGGCGACAGGACGUCAUAUGUAUAGAAGAUAACGACGAGGCACAAUUUGUCGAAAGGUUGAAUUCAAACAAUUCGGACGAUUAUGUUAAGCGACCACCGAAGUCAUUGUUGGAACAACUUCUCAUUGAAAUUCCAAAUGACACUAACGAGAAAAGAUCUUUGAGAACUAGAUCCCAAAAAUUGAACAGUCCUGAUAUCGUAAAAACUCCGAAAAGUAGUCCUCAUGGUCCUAAUAAAUUAGAAGAAAGACGCAGCAUAUCGCCAUAUGCUAAAGCAAGCCCUAAGUUGGGAGUGUCAAAAUUAUCUCCUAACACGACAAUAAAAGUUGGAAAAAGAAAACGCCAAGAAAGCGAGAGUUCUGUAGCGUCUAGUACCGCUGAUGAUCCACAACCAAGACCAGGAAAACGAAAAUGUUCCGAGAAUGCCGCAGAACUUAUUAAAGCUUGCAUGGGUGUAGAUGAAACUGGUUCUUUAAAGAAACAAGUACCUGUCAAAGAAGAACAGUCAAAAAAAGGAUUCAGCAUAUUGGCUAAGGCUAAGAAAGGUCCCAUUGUGGUAGAAGUUGAUUCGUCUGAUGAUGAACCAUUGAUUGAAUCUGUAGGAAAAGCAAGAAUGCGAUUAUCAGACGAAACAUCCGCUGCAUCUCCAAAAUCUAAAGAUCAAAAAACAAAUACAAGCACAACUGUUUCUGGCAGUCAAAUUAAUUCCAGUAAUAUAUCAAAUUUCAAUGCCAGUAAUAGAGUGCAAAGAGAGAGCCGUUUAUUAACAACCAAACAACCGGGUACAACCGCGGUAGUUAGUGCUGGAAAGGAAAGGCUACGAGGUACUUCCGCGUCCAGUAACGAAUCCUUAGGAGAGGUAACAACGAGAAGGUCUGUACGCCAAAAUACGGCAUCGCCACUGGCAACACCAGCGAGCAAUACAAGAGGUGCAACUAGAUCUACGGAAGAUAUUACUAGACGGAAAACUCGAAGUGGUGCUGUAACAGCUGAGGCAGCAGAGCAGGCGAAACGGAGACGAAUAUCCCGAGAAAACAAAUGACCUUCGGGAAGUGACCUUGACAGUGAUUAGCUACCGUCGCUCGUCAAGGCCUGUCCGACUGAUUAUGUAUCUGUUGUAAGUGGUUAUGUGAUCGCCGUGUGGCUGGACCCCACCUGGUGAAACUGUAUGCGUCAAUAGCGCACAAUGCUGCUGUACAUGUAGCAGGAGUAUCGUGUUUUGGAGUGCUGGAUGGUAUUCAAAUUCUUUUUGUUACAGUAGAACAUACGUUGAGUUUUAUUGACUAUAAAUGUGUACACGUUGUAUUCCAUAAUAUUAAAACUACUAUUGGAAGUGAAUUUCUUAGACACUUAGGAAUACCAUGAUUGUUAUGUUUUUAAAUGUUUAAACCAUUCGUCGACAAAAGCAAGAAAUAAAAGUAAUUUUGCUAUUUUCCUGACCGUCUAGCGUUCUCAAUUACACUGUACUCCUAAACAGCAAAGUUUAGUUACUCAGAAUAAUCUGCUCAAUGCAUGAAACUUUAAAACUAAGUAACUGAACUGAUCUAAAACUGCCGAGUCGAUGUGCAACUUUCUUUUGCCAAGCUUUCGUGAUCCUGUAUUUAAUUUUUAAACGAAAUUUAAAUGGACGUCAUUUAAUAGUAAAUUUAUAAAAUAUUUUCUUUACAUUACCAGUGCAUUCUAAAUCUUUAGAUUGACUAUGUAAUAUUACCCUAUUAGACUCUAAUUGGAGUAAGUAUUAAUACAUUAAUUAUUAUUCAAAAUCAAAAGAGUUCGUGUGAAUAAAAAAAUCAAUUAACAUUUAGAGGAAUCCUCAUUUUUUCCGUAUCGUUAUUAGCGAUUGUUGAUACAGGUUAAUGGUAAAAGAAAGUCGAAAUUUAUAAUCUAUUAAACAUAAAAUCUGACUGUACUGCCGUAAAUAAUGUACGUUUCUGAAAGACAAAUUUCAUUAACUGGUGGGGCUUAAGUCGCUACUCCGACAACUUCACUGAUAGACUUUGUUUGAAAAUAUUUCGUUUACAUUUCAAUUACAUUUUAAUUCAUUUAUCGCAUAAAUAAUUAUACACGAAUGGAAAGACUCUGCCACAUUAUUACUCAAAACAAUAUACUCUCUUUAAGGAUGUAAAUGAAAAUACUUCUUCAAAUCCAUGUAUAUUCAUAAAACAAGACUUCUCAAAAAUAUUUGUAGGACAAUCAUACUUUUUUAUAUAUAUACACAUUGAAACUUGCUAAACUUUGCUUACGAUACCUUUUCCUUCAUGGUUUUCUUAAGUUUGACUCAAUUAUGACAAAAAUUAUGUUAUUCAUAGUACUAUAAGUUCUCUAUUUUUCUUGUCUUAUUGAACAUGGUCUUUCAGUAGGAAGUUCGUCUUGGGUUACAAUAUUGCAGAGGUCAAAGGGUAUAAGGUUAUUAAAAAGGAUUUAUUUUAUUUAUGAAACAUAAACAGAAUGUUGGGAUACAUCGUGCAUAAAUAUAUAUGAGAAUAAUAGGAAUAAUUAUAAUAGAAAAGCGAUUAAAACAAUGUUAAUUUGAUAGGUAAUAUAUGAAUGAAUAUAUUUUGUAAAUAAUUUCUUGUAAAGAUACAUAAAGCACCCCUCGUUGUACAUAUAAGAACUGUUUAAAUUUUUAUUAAAUUAGUAAUAAUUCAAAUUGUGCAACGUCGUCAUAAUAUUAAUUAUUCUUCGUGAUUGUGCACUGAGAACGCUAGUAGCACCCUUUUGGCAAACUUAAAAGAUACGAGGAUGUGUAUACAUACGUACAUAUAAUGCAUAUGUAUGUGUGUGAUGUAUAUGACCUAUUGUUUUUGUGAACAGAUAAUCUAGUUUUAUAUUGUAUAAAUGUAAAUUAUACAGUUGAGAGUUGGAAGUUCUAAGUGAGCCUGUGAUAGCCAUCAUAGCACUUUAUAUUGAGAACUUGCAUUUAGAAAGUCUUACUGCUUAUUUACUUUAAUUUUUCUGUAAUUAUACGUACGUUCCAUUAUUUUCAUUAAGUAUGUAUUUGCAAAUUAAAUUACCUUAAAAAUAAAAAAAUCGUGACGGUUACUUUAUAUUGAAUUGUUUUAUAUGACAUAAAACAUUAAAAAAAUUGUAUCAUGAGCAAUUUGUAAGUAUUGUCAAACUUACAUUAAUGCAUAAGAAAUAAAUAAAUAAAUCUGAACUUGGUUCAGAAUCAUACGAAUCUUUUAAAAAUAUGCUUUCAUUUCUCCAGAAAAAUUGUUUUGUUUCUUAGUCCAAGAUCGUUAAAUUUUUCGAAGUAUCUUGAAUGAAAACCUUUUGUUCGUAUUGCCUAUUAAAGCUUUGGUGGCUAUCGGGCAGCACGUCAUGUUUCAAAGGGAUAU